ACUGAUUCCUUUAAUUGUGUUUCUGUUUUAUUAUUGUCCCAGGAUGCAUUGCUGCAGUUGGCCUGCAUUGUCGACGUCAACAAUCUGCAGACGACUGUUAAAGAUGUGCUGCGAGCCGUCCUGCCAAACGUGGAGUGUGUGUUCGUGUACCUGUUGGAGGCGGAGUCUCGACUGCGCUGUGAAGAUCCAGCCCAUGAGGUCCCAGCGGAGGGCAAGCUCAGAGACGCGGUUAACCAGCGCAAGAGAGUCCAGUGUGCUGGUGUACCGUCAUCAGAACUCCACGAGAAACACAUGAGCGCACUGACCGCCCCGCUAGCACCGGAUAAACGAGUGCUCAUCAUGCCGCUAGUUGACCGUGAUGAGGGGAUGGUUAUAUCUCUGAUUUUGCUGUGCUGUAAACUGCUGACAGAACAAGACGAACAAAACCUGAAUAUUCUGGAAAAACACCUCACUGUAACGUGUAAGCGAGUGAGAGACGUGCACAGAUGCUCCAAACGGACACAUGCUCAUUCCCACAAUGCACCGGUGGAGCCGAAGCUCCGCUCACGACCCGAAGACUACAAAGAACUGGACCGCAAGAUACUACAGCUGUGCGGUGAGCUGUACGAUUUGGACGCCGCAUCAUUGCAGUUGAAAGUCAUUAACUAUUUACAGACAGAAACUCAGUCUCAGUGCUGUUGUUUACUGCUCGUGUCUGAAGAUAAUCAUCAACUCUUCUGUCAGGUCGUUGGUGAUAAAGUUUUGGAAGAAGAAAUCAGCUUUCCACUCAUGUUUGGGAGGUUCGGGCAGGUGGUGGAGACAAAGAAAUCUAUUACUCUACAGGACGUGAGUCAGGAGGAACGUGCUUUAUUGAGCAGUUUGUUGGGGUUCGAGCCGAACUCAAUGCUGUGUGUGCCUGUGACCAGUCAAGCCACGGGACAGGUGGUGGCGCUAGCGUGCACCUUCAACAAGCUGGGAGGAAAGAGGUACACGGAGGCAGAUGAACACGUGAUUCAACACUGUUUCUGUUACACGUCGACGGUUCUCACCAGCACACUCGCCUUUCAGAAAGAACAAAAGCUGAAGUUUGAGUGUCAGGCUCUUCUGCAAGUGGCUAAAAACCUCUUCACACACCUGGAUGACGUGUCUGUACUGUUGCAGGAAAUCAUCGCAGAAGCAAGAAACCUGAGUAAUGCUGAGAUUUGUUCGGUGUUCCUGUUGGAUCGAGUCAGUCAUGAACUUGUGGCCAAAGUGUUUGAUGGAGGAGUCGUGAGCGAUGACGAGAAGGAGUUUCGUAUCCCGGCGGAUCAGGGCAUCGCUGGGCAUGUCGCCACCACUGGGAAAAUUCUCAACAUCAAGGACGCGUAUUCUCACCCGCUGUUUUACCGCGGUGUGGAUGACAGCACGGGUUUCCGAACACGCAACAUCCUCUGCUUCCCCAUUAAAGACGAGAACGGAGAGGUCAUCGGAGUUGCUGAGCUGGUGAACAAAACCAACGGGCCGUGGUUCAACCGUUUCGAUGAAGAUCUGGCGACGGCGUUCUCCAUCUACUGCGGCAUCAGUAUCGCUCAUUCUCUCCUGUAUAAGAAGGUUCAUGAGGCUCAGUUCCGCAGUCAUCUGGCCAAUGAGAUGAUGAUGUAUCACAUGAAGGUGUCAGAGGAGGAGGUCACUAAACUGCUGUCUAGCGGCCUCGAGCCGGUCCAGAAAAUCCACCCGAGCUUCGCCGAGUUCACCUACACGCCCAGAUCGCUGCCCGACGACAGCACGCCCAUGGGAGUUCUGAGUAUGUUUGAAGACAUGGGCUUCAUAAACACAUAUAAGAUCGACCUGCACACACUGGCCAGGUUUUGUCUGAUGGUGAAGAAGGGCUACAGAGAUCCUCCAUAUCACAACUGGACACACGCUUUCUCCGUCUCACACUUCUGCUACCUGCUUUACAAGAACCUUCAACUAUCCAACUACCUCGAAGAUAUAGAGAUUCUGGCGCUCUUUGUGUCAUGUAUGUGUCACGAUUUGGACCAUCGAGGAACCAACAACUCCUUUCAGGUCGCAUCGCAAUCGGUCCUGGCGGCCCUGUAUAGUUCAGAGGGAUCUGUGAUGGAGAGACAUCACUUCGCUCAGGCCAUCGCGAUACUCAACACACACGGCUGCAACAUCUUUGAGAAAUUCUCACGAAAGGACUAUCAGAGAAUGUUGGAUCUGAUUCGAGACAUCAUACUGGCCACAGAUUUGGCGCAUCACCUGAGAAUCUUUAGAGACCUGCAGAAAAUGGCUGAUGCUGGUUAUGACCCCAGGAGUCAAACCCAUCGCAGUCUGCUGCUGUGCCUGCUCAUGACCUCUUGUGACCUCUCAGAUCAGACCAAGGGUUGGAAGACCACCAGAAAGAUUGCGGAGUUGAUUUACAAAGAGUUCUUCUCUCAGGGUGAUUUGGAGAAGGCGAUGGGAAACAGACCGAGUGAGAUGAUGGAUCGGGAGAAAGCGUACAUCCCUGAACUCCAGAUCAGCUUCAUGGAGCACAUCGCCAUGCCCAUAUACAAGCUCCUGCAGGAAAUAUUCCCACGCUCGGCGGAGCUGUACGAGCGAGUCGCCGCCAACCGCGAGCAGUGGGCCAAAGUUUCGCACAAGUUCACCAUCCGUGGGUUGCCAAGCAACAACUCGCUGGACUUCCUGGACGAGGAGUUCGAGCUGCUUCAGUCUCAGGGCGCGUUCGAAGACGAAACGAACCGUGUGAACGGUUGCCUGGACGACGACUGUCAGAAGCACGACCAAUGACACCGCUAGGGCUAGAGUUGCGCCUUGAUAAAAUUCGGUAUUUGCCCACGAUUCGUUGAGGAAAGGUAGAUGGCCUCUUUGGCAUCGCCGUGGAGACGGGUUUCAUGAGGUGUCAUUCUAAAGUCGAUUAGUGCUGUUGUUCAGGAGAGAAAAUAUCAUCAUUGCUGAAAAUUGCCCCAUUGUGAUGUCAUAGUUCAUAUUUGAUUAAACACCUAAACUACUAAUUGUACUCAAAGUGAUAUAUAUAUAUAUAUAUAAGUUGGCAUGUAUGAACGUCCAAAUCUAAAUGAAUCAACUCUUUGGCUGGAUAGAGGCUCCACAUGUUUGAAAUUAGUAUUCUUAAAGGGACAUUACCACAUAAUUUCAACUUAAAUACUUGAUGUUGUCCCAACGCAAAUGCUUUUAAGUAUAGCCGACUAGACACUUUUUUCACUUUUAUUCAUUUGUUUUCUUUGAAUCUGUAACAUUGAAAUGUGUAAAAAAUAUAUUUGCUUAUAUUGUCAAAUUUCAACGGAUGCAAAGAAAACAAAUAAAUAAAAAGUAAACAGUGGCUUGAUUUGUCGUACACUAAUUUUGUCCCUCAGAUGUUAGUUGUCCAAAAUGAACAAAAUGUCUCCAUUCAGCAAUUCCCCCAAAAAUAAUUUAAAAUGUCCCUCAAGCAAUCUCAGCGGCCGUGCAGAGGGGUUACAAGCGAUGACACGCGACUCCCCGGAGACAUUCGACGUCAUCCGCCACGAUCCAGACACUCUCGUGCUGAGGAAACGUUUCGAUGGCGUGUACAUAUAGUAUCGUGUUUAAAGGGCUACGGGGGCCCGCAGAGGACUUUUUCAUUCUCAGGAUGGUGGAAUGUGUGUGUCUAAUGGAUUUUGCCUUACAAAUGUUUUCGUUGCCUUCCUGAGUGAACUUUAAAAGAGAUAUAAGGUAUAAAAGAAUUCAGCCUAUCUAUGUACAGUUCUAAAGCUACAUGGAUAUAUAGAAAUAUCUAUUUCCUGUGUGUACGUGUGUGUUUGCACAGGUGUGACUGUUUGUGCAUUUGCCAAAAUCUGCUACGGAAGAGAAGACCAAGAGAGACAUUUCUGUUUUAUGAAAAAUGUCGGGAUGCCAGAAUUAAUACCCUAUAAUUCAUUAGAAGCUUAACCUGCACUAGGGGAGUGUGAAAAAAGAAGAAAAAUAAAUGUCAUAUUUUACCUUAAAAGAAG